UGCAACGUCUGGCACUUCAUCCCUGACGAAGAAGAAGGAGAAGAAGAAGAAGCAGAAGGAGAAGGAGAAACCUUAGUAGACAAAAGGAGGGAAGAAGAAGAAGGAAAAACUUUAGUAGAUAAAAGGAGGAGGGAAGAAGAAUUUGGGUACUGUAUUGGAUUGAGAAGGAGUUCCCUGAAUCGGAAUUCCGGACGUAGGUAAUGGAGAAAAAGACGGAAUUCUUGCCGGCGGAGGCGGAGAAGAAAGCGGCUAUUUCGUUGAAGGCGUCGUCGACGGCUUGGCCGGACGGAGACCCGUCCCUUGACCUGAUAAUCCCUGGGCUGCCGAAUGACCUCGCUUUUCUCUGCCUCGCCUUCCUACCCUUCUCCCACUACAACCGCCUCAAGCCGACAUCCAAGGCCUGGCGCUCCGCGCUGUCCUCCAAGUUCCUCUUCGACCUCCGUCGAGAAUGGCGGCGAACCGAGGAGUUCCUUUGCGUAUUCCCUUCCGACCCGUCGCUCUCCACCGGGGCGCUUUUCGACCCGCGCUUCCUCCUCUGGUCUCUCCUCCCACCCAUGCCCUGCCACCCUCACCGCUUUGACCUGUCCAAUUUCGUCUGCGCAUCCGCCGGUUCCUCCCUUUUCGUCCUCGGUGGGUCCUUCUUCGAUGCUCGAUCCUAUCCCCUUGGCGUCCCGCUUCCUUCCUCUGCCGUUUUCAGCCUCAGUCUUCCUGAUUUCUCGUGGCAGCCGAGAUCGCCUAUGCUAAACGGUCGUGCUGGUUUCGCCUGUGCGACUCGGCCUAGUGCCGAUGGAAGAACCUGCAUUUUCGUGGCCGGUGGCGGGUCGAGGCAUUUGGAAUUGGGGGUUGGUGGGCUGAGAAUCGGGGCCGUCGAGUGGUAUGACGUGGAGAAGGACGAGUGGUUCGCGAUGGAUGAGCAAUUGCCUGACGUUAGGGCGGGGUGCGUGGGUUUUUUCUUGGGGGAGGAUGAGUUCUGGGUAAUGGGUGGUUAUGGGGAUUGCCGGACGGUGUCCGGGGUUUUUCCGGUGGAUGAUUAUUACCGUGACGGCGCUGUGCUCGGACUGAAGCGUGGGCAGUGGCGGUCGAUCGAGCCUAUGUGGGAAGAAGGGGAGCGAUGGCGUCUCGGUAGCAUCGUGGUAGUGGAAGGUGAAUGCGGGGAAGCUCCAGAAAUUUUUAUGCUCGAGGAGAGCACAAUUUUCAGACCAUCAAAGGAGAGGAGCAAAAAGGGGGACGAUGGGAGAUGGAAGUGGCUACCACUAACGUUCUUUUAUUCCCUUUUGAUUUUAUUGCCUCAAAAACUCCUCAAAUGCUGUUUUAGGAAAUUCUGCUUUCGUAACCGUUUAGUUUCUGCCAUGACUCUCCGUAAAUAUGGUAGCAGCCUCCGCCGGUCAGGAAACAUAUUCCGUUCUUCAUUGCUUGCUUUUUUCAUGUGAGAGGCACAGGCCGUUGUGCAUUUUGCCGUGUCGUUGCAUACUUCAUAAUUUUACGGCACAAAUUCUUUGUGUCAUUGAGGUCCAGCCUCCACUCUGGCCCACCUUGCAUCUGCUUAUUUGUCCUUUUUUGGCUUGCCUUGACUUUUUGAGUUAGGAAUCUAUGAGAUUUCUGAGUAUGCAAUAGUAAAAGAAAAGGACCCUGAAGACUGGCACUAACCGGUUUAGUUAUGAUGCUGCUGAGUGACUGCACUCGAUCCCAGGUGCCUGCUAACGCACCUUGGAUGGCUAUAAGAAGCUCCAGUUUUGAUCCCUAAUUAGAAAAGAAGAGAGGUGCACUUUAGGGUGGGAAUGUUUGGUCUUAUAGCUUUGUGGCGUUCUGUUGUUUAGGUUCUAACAUAUUACCUUGUUAUGUAGCCUUCUCAUGUAGCUGCAACUUCAUUUGUGACUUUUCCUUUUUUCGAUUACAAUUUUUCUCUUCUCUCGCAUUCCCAAAGAUUUUACUGUUCAUUGGAGUUUGAUUUAAUACCACUUGGAUGUCGCUAUCUUGAAUUUUUCAGUUAGGUUGAGAGCGGUGUGACGUUUGUUGUUAAAUAUUGUAAUGUUUUGUCUGAAAAGUUAUUAGUGGACUUCUAGAUAGCUCCCGGAAAAUGAACAGCUGCGGUCUACAGACACGCGAUAGAUGAGUUCCACUAAAAAAUUGAUCAUCAUGAAAUUUACUGUAUCUUUUGCUUGGGAACAUGGUAUGUACUUAGGACUUCUUUCGUUUGAUCAUAUGUGAUCUUAAGAAGGACCAUUGUAACAUUCCACUAGAUUGAAGAAGAGACUUUUGGUAACAAUUGGACAGCUAGGAAGGUUGAUGGUGAUGGUUUUGUAGUUUUUAUUGUUGGAGGGGAGUAUAGCAACUUUUGGAGGGACCAAGUUUGAAGAUCCUGUGGUAGUCUGUCCUGCUUCAGUUGAGUUGCAUGUGCGAUCAAGGAAGAAUCUUAAUUGGCUGACUGUUUCUCAUUUUUGAUCCCUUUGAAAUAUUAUGUGGUUUCUGUGGUUUCACAUGUUUUGUCUUUUUUCUCCACUUGAUAACUCCUUAUCACAUGGUUCUUGUUCUCAAAAGAAAAAAGGGUUUUUUACUUUAAUAAAGAAAAAUCAUUCUUUUCUUGACCUUUAUCUGUUCUCCCCUUUCUGUUGCCAUCUGCUAGCAAUAUUAAUAUGAGAAUCACUCAGAUUCAUCUUUCCCUGCAAACCCAGCUAAACUACUGUUAGUACGAAAUCACGUGUUAUUUGUAUCAUUACAAAGUAUUUUGGUAUUCUGGAUUAUAAUUUCUCCCUACCAUGUGGAAGGUGUAAGUGAACCGAAAUGGUGCUCAUCAAAUGAAUAUAUCACAAAAUAAAUUAUCUUAUCAUUGCAAGUGAUACUGUCGUAGUGCAUAUAUUCAAUUUUGUUGUCCGGAACUGGAUAUUGGUUACAUUAUAUAUGCUAUAUUUGGAAUUUCCAGGAUAAGCUUCAUGAACAUUAUUUUAGCUCCUUGAGAAUAUUGGGAACUUCUAUGGAUCUUGUAAAUGGGUCUCUCUUUUAGGUGCUGUGGUUCCUCUAUAGAACCCAAAGUGGUUGAGGAUUUUAGUCCCAGAUAAUUGAAUUCAAUUGAACCAUAGUCUCAAAAAACAGUUUUGUUUUUUUAAAAAGUCUUAAAAAUGCAAAAAUCGGCGUGAUUUUUAUGUUGGCUUCUCAAAAAAAGUGUUUCUUGCAUAGCAGGUCUGAAGUUUAAAUCCCAUUACCAUGGCAAGACAACCCUGGCUGCACGUUGCACGUACUUUGAUCUGUUGAUUAAGUUGUGUCAUGUCCAGUUCUGCUUUCUGUUCUUGUAUCACCGGAAUCUGAUGAGUACCUUGAAAUCAUCUUCUCGA